AUGAAGACCAUGCGUAAGGUAAUCGACAGCUUCUACAAAGACGCCAUCGAGCCCAACCUGCCGGAGGUCCAGGAGCGCUUGCGCUCACGCGGCUGGAGCUAUGCAGAAGCACAGCAAGCAGUGUUGCUUUUUGCCUGUCAACCAAACAUCUACGAGGUUCGCAAGCCAACCUCAAAAAAGCCCAUUGUGGUGCUGCUGAAGGAGCCUCCCAUGGACUUCACCGGCUGGUGCGAUGGAAUUGAUGUGGCUCCCAAGGCAUCUCCCGACCUGGAAGUUGGUCUGAAGUAUCUUUUGGCAGCAGGCCUAGCGCCAACAUUGCGUGGCGGUGUUGCUGGUGCUGCCUUUGCCCUACAGGAGAAAUGCCAACGUGGCCUUGGUGAGCUUCGAGCUGUUCUCCGAGUCUUUCUGAAGAAAGGCUUGCUGCGCUAUGAUGGUGACGAGCUGCUGCCAUCGGAGGUCUUGGAGAAAGAACUUCAGCAGAUCCAGGCCAGUCCUCGAACGCCAAAGCGAAGGAAUGCACGAAUUUAUUCUCAAAUUUGA